GCCUCCUUUGCUUCCCAGACCAAACCCAACCUUUAAUUCUCCAUAUGAUGCUGCUAUAAGUAUCAACAGCUAGCUCGGCACCAAACCAUCACUUCACUUGUACCAUCAAAGCUUCUCGCGGACACAGCGUGCUCACCACCAAGAUUUCAAGAACCUCGCGCGCGGCUAUCCAUCCAUGGCCGACAAGCCUCCCAUCGCGCCGGCGCCGGCGAUGGCCUCGAAGCCCAAGCCCAAACCUGCCGCCGUUGCGUCCGCAGCUCCUGCACCGGCUAGGGCGACGGUGCCACUCAAGAAGCCGUCACUGGCGCCACCGCCGAUGAAGAAGCCGCCCCUCGCGCACCCGCAGCACGCGCAGGUUCCCCCACUGAAGCCACCGCCGGCGCACCAAUUCCGGCAGCAGCAGCAGCAGGGAGGCAGGGCGCCGGGGAAGCGGCAAUACCGGCACCACCGGGGCUCAUCAUGCUCCUGCCGCCGGGUGUGCUGCGUCGCCACCGGCCUCGUCCUGCUCGCGUGCUGCCUCGCGUUCGCCGCGGCGUGCCUCGCGUACCUCUACUACCACCCGCGGCCGCCGUCGUUCCACCUCCAGCCCGUGUCCACCACGCGGUUCCGCGUCGGUAACUCCUCCGCGGUGUCCGCCAUGGACGUCACCGUCGGCGUCAAGGUGGUCUCCUGGAACCCCAACGACAAGGUCGCCUUCGAGUACGGCGACGGCGAGGGACGCGCUGCCCUGGCCGACAGCGACGGCGACGUGGCGCUGGGCUGGGCGCCCGUGGGCGGCUUCGAGCACGCUCCCCGGAGCGUGGCAGCGGUCGGGUUCGUGGCGGCGGCCAAGGGGGUGGUGGUGGAUGAGGCCGUGGCGGGGCGCAUGCGCGACCGGUUCCGGCGGCGGCAGCUGGCGUUCAAGGUGGUCGUGGACACCCACAUCGGCGUGCGGGUGGGGGCGCUUCGCACUGGCAUGGUGCCCGUCAGGUUGUCCUGCGACAGUGGGAUCAUGGCGCCGCGAGGUGUCCCCGCCGGGACCCCAAUGAGCAAGUGCCAGGUGUACCUAUUUAGAAUGAGAUGGUUUAGCUUGACCUGAAGGCAUGCACAUCCGGCCAGCUCGCACAUGAGUUCUCUGCUGCUACUUGCUUAGGAUCAAGCGUUCGUAGUAAGUGGUGUUCAAGCUGCGGAUCGAUGCUCUAACUUAUUUGCGUUUUCUGCCCAUGAGAUUAUAAGUUGGUGAUUGGUUUGCUUGUAUUAUAUAAGUUCUUGAAAACCUCUGGACUGAACCUUGUAAGAGUUAAGCUUGUAACUGUAUAGUGCUCCCAGCUCCUGAUUCUUUUUCUUUUGUAUUUUAUGCAUAUACAUACAUACGUAUAUGGCAGGAAUGGAAUGAUCAUUGGGUGUGUGCA